AUAUGGUAAUUUAUACUUUAUGAUAAUAUAUAUUUUUACAAUACUUUUGUAAGUAUUUAUUUAGGGUUUUCUACUUUUUCGUGCACCCAUAAACCCAAAAGUUCUAACAUCAGGAUAGACCGGUUGGGUCGCAUACCUCUGACUUGUCAUUCUCGGAUAACCUGAACAGAAAACUUUUUCGGUUUACCUAUUGGGCUAGACCCACUAGUGAUUUUGUGGUGAAAAAAUAAAAAGAGAUAUUGGCAUUGGUUUUCGAGAAUCCCAACUAAAUGAUGGCCCGACCAGCUGAUCAAACAAUGGUGCUAAAUUUUGGGAAGUUUUUACUUGUGUUUGUUUUGUUGCUUUCGUGGCCAAUAGUUGAAUCACAGUCACUUUUAAAUGUUACUGAAAUAAGAUCAGCUAGGGCUUUAGAUAUAAUGUUACAAGACUACGCUUAUCGGGCGUUUGUUACACCGAGAACAGGGGUUUCGUUUGACGGUAGCGUUCCUAAGAACUUAACUGGUAUUCGGGUUUCAGCAUUGAGGCUAAGAAGUGGUAGUUUGUUUAAAAGAGGUUUUUCUAUGUAUAAAGAGUUUAAUAUCUCGAGAGGUGUUAUCGAGCAGCCAUAUGUGGAACGGCUUGUUUUGGUGUAUCAAAAUUUAGGGAAUUGGUCUAAAACUUAUUACCCUUUACCUGGAUACAUGUAUUUAGCACCUAUGUUAGGUCUUCUUGCUUAUGAUGCAUCAGAUUUGUUAGCUAAGAAUCUACCCGAGUUGGAUAUUUUUGCAUCUGGUGAACCGAUUUUGAUAGAUUUUGGGAAGGUAAAACUCGGGCCUGAUGGUUCAACUGCUAAGUGUGUAUGGGUUGAUCUUGAUGGUCAAGUGAAUUUCACAAAUGUGGUAUCUGGGAACAAAUGUUUUGCUUUCAGACAAGGGCAUUUUUCUAUUGUGGUAAACUCGACUACCAGUUUAGUGCCAGCGUCUCCUUUGCCAAAAUCUCCUGUGCCGGCUGUGGUUCUUAACCCAAAUCAUAAAGGUGGAGGAGUUGAUUCUACCGUUUGGGUGAUUGUUGGCUCUGUAGUUGGUGGAUGUUUGUUGUUAGUCUUGUUGGCAUUGUUGGUAUUAUGGGUUCGGGGAUACAAAAAGAGAAAGAAGAUGCAUAAGAUGGAAAGGACUGCAGAACGUGGUGAACCGUUACAUAUGACAACGAUUGGGGGAAUGAAAGCACCAGCAGCUAUGGUGACCAGAACACAACCGACUCUUGAAACUGAGUAUGCACCAUGAGCUCUUUUCUUUAGGUAUUCUUUCCAAUUGCACAUGUUUUUGUAGGUGCAUUAAUUUCAUGUUUUGGUUCAUUCUUUGGUAAUCUCAUGGAAAUAGUGCAAAUGUGUUUAGGGUUCUUGUGUAAAUGAUACUUUCUGACCUCACACAAUGAUUCGUUGUUGAGUGAAUUUUAGGCUUUGAGAGAAGAGUGGUUUUUAUUCAUGGUGAUUUUUGAUUUUCCA